AUCAAUCCACUCACACACUCUUCUAUCUUCAAACAUCUCCACCUUGUCCUCCUCCCUUGUUAGAUUCUUCUCCUCCCAUCACCACCAACAAUGGCGGAUAUAUCGAAGGUGAAAGUCACCGGAAAAACACAUGUGAAGCCCAACAAGAAGAUAGGCAGCCAAAAAUGUCAACUAGUCACAUUUGACCUACCCUACCUGGCUUUUUACUACAACCAAAAGCUCCUUUUUUACAAGGGGGGUGAGUUCGAGGAAAGGGUGAAGAAACUGAAGGAGGGUUUGGAGGUGGUUCUGGGGGAGUUUUACCAGCUGGCGGGGAAGCUCGGGAAGGACGACGAGGGAGUGUUUAGGGUUGAGUAUGGGGAUGAGAUGGAGGGUGUGGAGGUGGCCGAGGCGGCGGCGGAGGAGAUCAGUAUAGCUGAUCUGGCAGUUGAGGAAGGCACCAGUGCUUUGAAGGACUUCAUACCCUACAAUGGGGUCUUGAACUUGGAGGGCCUUCACAGGCCACUCCUAGCAGUGCAGUUGACCAAGCUGAAAGAUGGACUGGCGAUAGGGUGCGCCUUCAACCAUGCAAUCCUAGACGGGACCUCCACGUGGCACUUCAUGAGCUCAUGGGCCGAGAUCUGCAACGGAUCCAAAUCCAUUUCGACCCAACCAUUCCUGGACCGGACCCAGGCCCGAAACACUCGAGUGAAGCUCGAUCUCUCCCCGCCGGCAUCAAACGGCGACGUUCCCGCCAACGGAAAAACGGAGCCCAACCUAAGAGAGAGAGUCUUCAAAUUCUCUGAAGCAGCGAUCGACAAGAUCAAGUCAACGGUCAACGCAAACCCGCCAUCCGACGGCUCAAAACCGUUCUCCACAUUCCAGUCCCUCUCCGUCCACAUCUGGCGCCACGUCACCCAAGCCCGCCAACUAAAACCCAAUGACUACACGGUGUUCACCGUCUUCGCUGACUGCCGCAAACGGGUCGACCCGCCCAUGCCCGACGCCUACUUCGGGAACCUAAUCCAGGCCGUGUUCACCGUCACGGCCGCCGGAUUGCUGUCGGCGAACCCGCCGGAGUUCGGCGCAUCGAUGAUCCAAAAGGAGAUUGAGGGGCACAACGCGAAAGCGAUCGAUCAGAGGAACACGGAGUGGGAGAUCUCGCCGAAGAUUUUCGAGUUCAAGGACGCGGGAGUGAACUGCGUGGCGGUGGGGAGCUCGCCGAGGUUCCAGGUCUAUGAGGUGGAUUUCGGGUGGGCAAAACCCGAGGGGGUGAGAAGCGGGUCGAACAACCGGUUCGACGGGAUGGUGUAUUUGUACCAGGGGAAGAGUGGCGGGAGGAGCAUCGAUGUGGAGAUUAGCUUGGAGGCUCCGACGAUGGAGAAGCUGGAGCAGGACAAGGGUUUUCUGGUCGCUGAAAACUAGUUAAUUAAGCUUAAUUAAUUAAGCAUGGAUUUGGGUUAAUUGGAAGACAGUUUAAUUAGUAGUGGUAACUAUGGGAUUAUAAUUAAUUAAUUGGUUCGUGUGUGGGUUUAGUUGAGGCAGGCUUUUAAUAAUUACUGGAGUCACAUUCGGACCAAUUUUUAUUUAGAUUUGUGCGGGAGUUUGAGUUUUUUGUUGGACCUUAAUUUAUUUUUUAUUUUAUUUUAUUUUUUGUUUAAUUGGAA